AUGGCCCCAGCUACCCCUAAAACUUCUAAGACUGCACACUUCGAAAAUGGCUCCACAUCUUCUCAAAAGAAAAUGAAGCAAUCGAGUUUGUUAUCUUUUUUCUCAAAACAGGUACCUUCUGGCACACCGUCAAAGAAGGUCCAGAAGCCUACUCCAGCGACUUUAGAAAAUACAGCUACUGAUAAGAUAACAAAGAAUCCACAAGGAGGAAAGACAGGCAAACUUUUCGUAGAUGUAGACGAAGACAAUGAUUUGACAAUAGCUGAAGAAACGGUAUCAACUGUAAGGAGUGACAUAAUGCAUUCUCAAGAGCCCCAAUCUGAUACUAUGUUAAAUAGUAACACGACAGAACCUAAAAGUACCACUACGGACGAGGAUUUAUCAUCUUCCCAAUCUCGAAGGAAUCACAAAAGGAGAGUGAAUUAUGCCGAAAGUGAUGAUGAUGACUCAGAUACUACAUUCACUGCUAAACGGAAGAAGGGUAAGGUAGUUGAUAGUGAAAGCGAUGAGGAUGAAUAUUUACCAGAUAAAAAUGACGGCGAUGAAGAUGACGAUAUUGCAGACGACAAAGAGGACAUCAAAGGAGAAUUGGCAGAAGAUAGUGGUGAUGACGAUGAUUUAAUCUCUCUGGCAGAAACGACUUCUAAGAAAAAAUUUUCAUACAACACUUCGCAUUCUUCAUCGCCCUUUACAAGAAAUAUAUCCCGUGACAACUCAAAAAAGAAAAGCAGGCCAAAUCAGGCACCAAGUAGAUCGUACAAUCCUUCUCAUAGUCAACCAUCAGCGACUUCUAAGUCUAGCAAAUUCAAUAAACAAAAUGAAGAACGAUAUCAAUGGUUAGUGGAUGAACGAGAUGCUCAGCGCCGUCCCAAGAGUGAUCCAGAGUACGAUCCAAGAACACUGUACAUCCCAUCUUCUGCAUGGAACAAGUUUACUCCGUUUGAAAAACAAUAUUGGGAAAUUAAAUCCAAAAUGUGGGAUUGUAUUGUCUUUUUCAAAAAGGGUAAGUUCUUUGAAUUAUAUGAAAAGGAUGCAUUAUUGGCUAAUGCAUUAUUUGACUUAAAGAUUGCAGGUGGAGGACGCGCUAAUAUGCAACUAGCUGGGAUUCCAGAGAUGUCAUUUGAAUAUUGGGCCGCUCAGUUUAUCCAAAUGGGAUAUAAAGUUGCGAAAGUGGAUCAAAGAGAGUCAAUGUUGGCUAAAGAAAUGAGGGAAGGUUCUAAAGGUAUCGUUAAAAGAGAACUCCAGUGCAUAUUGACAUCGGGUACGUUAACUGAUGGAGAUAUGUUGCAUUCGGAUCUGGCUACUUUUUGUCUUGCCAUCAGGGAAGAACCUGGUAACUUCUACAAUGAAACUCAGCUAGAUUCAUCAACGAUAGUGCAAAAGCUGAAUACAAAAAUAUUCGGUGCAGCAUUCAUUGAUACUGCAACUGGUGAGCUUCAAAUGCUGGAGUUUGAAGAUGAUAGUGAAUGCACCAAAUUGGACACAUUAAUGUCGCAAGUAAGACCUAUGGAAGUCGUCAUGGAGAGGAAUAACUUAAGCACACUAGCUAACAAAAUUGUAAAAUUCAAUUCAGCACCCAAUGCAAUUUUUAAUGAGGUUAAAGCCGGUGAAGAAUUUUAUGACUGCGAUAAAACCUAUGCUGAAAUCAUAUCAUCAGAAUACUUUUCUACGGAAGAAGAUUGGCCAGAGGUUUUGAAAUCCUAUUAUGAUACGGGUAAAAAAGUUGGCUUUAGUGCAUUUGGUGGAUUAUUGUAUUAUUUGAAGUGGUUAAAACUGGAUAAGAAUUUAAUUUCGAUGAAAAAUAUCAAAGAGUACGAUUUUGUAAAAUCGCAACACUCCAUGGUUUUAGAUGGUAUCACUUUACAGAACUUGGAAAUAUUUUCCAAUUCGUUUGAUGGUUCUGAUAAGGGUACUUUGUUCAAAUUAUUCAACAGGGCUAUUACUCCAAUGGGUAAGAGAAUGAUGAAAAAGUGGUUAAUGCAUCCAUUAUUACGUAAGAAUGAUAUUGAAAGCAGGCUCGAUAGUGUUGACUCUUUGUUACAAGAUAUUACAUUAAGAGAACAGCUAGAGAUAACAUUUUCAAAAUUGCCAGAUUUGGAAAGAAUGUUGGCCCGUAUCCAUAGUAGGACAAUUAAAGUGAAAGAUUUUGAAAAGGUAAUUACCGCUUUUGAAACGAUUAUUGAAUUACAAGACUCUUUAAAGAACAACGAUUUGAAGGGAGAUGUUUCAAAAUACAUAUCCUCUUUCCCUGAGGGACUUGUGGAAGCUGUCAAAAGCUGGACUAAUGCUUUUGAAAGACAAAAAGCAAUCAAUGAAAAUAUCAUUGUACCACAAAGGGGAUUUGACAUAGAGUUUGAUAAGUCAAUGGAUAGAAUACAGGAGCUAGAAGACGAAUUGAUGGAAAUUCUGAUGACUUAUAGGAAGCAAUUCAAAUGUUCCAAUAUACAAUAUAAAGAUUCCGGAAAGGAGAUAUACACUAUUGAAAUUCCUAUCUCUGCAACUAAAAAUGUCCCAUCAAAUUGGGUUCAAAUGGCUGCGAACAAAACGUACAAGAGAUACUACUCUGAUGAAGUAAGAGCUUUAGCAAGAUCGAUGGCGGAGGCUAAAGAAAUACACAAGACGUUAGAGGAGGACCUAAAAAAUAGAUUAUGUCAAAAAUUUGAUGCGCAUUAUAAUACAAUUUGGAUGCCAACCAUACAGGCCAUCUCUAACAUAGAUUGUUUGUUGGCAAUUACAAGGACAUCUGAAUAUCUAGGUGCUCCCUCUUGUAGGCCAACCAUUGUAGAUGAGGUGGACUCGAAAACGAAUACUCAAUUAAAUGGUUUUCUGAAAUUUAAAUCAUUAAGACAUCCAUGCUUUAACCUCGGCGCUACUACAGCAAAGGACUUCAUUCCUAACGACAUUGAAUUAGGUAAAGAACAGCCCAGAUUAGGAUUGUUAACGGGUGCCAACGCAGCUGGUAAAUCCACGAUAUUGAGGAUGGCAUGUAUUGCCGUAAUUAUGGCACAAAUGGGAUGUUAUGUUCCUUGUGAAUCUGCCGUUCUGACGCCGAUUGAUAGAAUCAUGACUCGUUUAGGCGCUAAUGAUAAUAUCAUGCAAGGUAAAUCUACUUUUUUUGUGGAAUUGGCGGAAACAAAAAAAAUAUUAGACAUGGCUACCAAUAGGUCAUUAUUAGUUGUUGACGAGUUGGGAAGAGGAGGUUCAUCGAGUGAUGGUUUUGCAAUUGCAGAAAGUGUGCUACAUCAUGUCGCGACACAUAUUCAAAGUCUGGGUUUUUUUGCCACACAUUAUGGGACAUUGGCAUCAAGUUUCAAGCACCAUCCUCAAGUAAGACCACUGAAAAUGAGCAUUCUAGUCGAUGAAGCGACUAGGAACGUUACAUUUUUGUAUAAGAUGCUUGAAGGACAAAGUGAAGGCUCUUUUGGUAUGCAUGUUGCGUCAAUGUGUGGCAUUUCAAAGGAAAUUAUUGAUAACGCGCAGAUUGCCGCUGAUAAUUUAGAACAUACUUCUAGGCUAGUCAAAGAACGUGAUUUAGCUGCAAAUAAUUUGAAUGGUGAAGUUGUCUCUGUGCCAGGUGGCUUACAAAGUGAUUUCGUUCGAAUUGCGUACGGAGAUGGACUGAAGAAUACAAAAUUAGGUUCUGGUGAAGGGGUCUUGAACUAUGAUUGGAACAUAAAAAGGAACGUUUUGAAAAGUCUAUUUAGUAUAAUUGAUGAUUUACAAUCCUAA